AGAGAGAGAGAGGCAGAGAACAGACCGUUUAAAACAGCACUGUUUCGGGAAAGGAGGGACGUCCAGCGCAGCAGCAGAGGCAGCAUACUGAUCCUCCAACCAGCUGCUGAGCAGACCUCCAGAGCGCCAGACCUCACCCUCAGCCUGACCUCUCUCCACCCCAGCAGAUAGCUGCCCGCUGACGGAAGAGAGAGCAAGAGACACACCAGGGAAAAGGAGAGGAUCUCACUCACCCGUUCAAAACCGCCUCAAGCUGUGGCUAGGGGAGCAGACAGACAGACACCGGUGCUGUAGGCAGCGGUGAGAGAUGGUUAGGAGGAGGAGACUACAGCUCCAGAGUGGAAUAGCUAGAUCGAACCUGAGAGGAAUUCCAAAAACAGCUGUCCGGCAGACAUCCCUCCCGAGAGCAAGUGGCGAGAGCAGGGUGGCCCCAGGGCAGAGACAGUAGUCAGUCUGACCCAGUGAGUUUGGGAACCACACGCCACACACACCUCUUUAGCAGUCAGCACUAGGACUGCAGACCUUCAGGAGGGCAGUGGACACCUUUUGGCAGGAACCAGGAGCUUAUCCCAGGAAUUACACAAGGGGGAUGAGGGGAACUGGGGAUGAAGACAUUCCGUGUGUGUCCACGAUUUAUUUUGUCGUCUUGUAAAUGUGUCUGGUUGACCUCAUAGACAACACUGGUGAGAACUUGGACUCCUGAUCAACUUGGAUUUCCUGAUUAAUGACAGAAAUAUCAAAGCUAUCUUCGGAGCAGCACAAGACAACACAGCCAUUUCAUUGAGAAUGUAAUUUCCUCAUCUCCCCAGGGAGACCUUGUGUUCAGUGUGAAGUUCUUCACCAAUCCUAAAGUUCCAGGAUAGUCCUCCUCUUUGUCCUUUAUCUCUCAGCUCUAUUCAACAGUGACCACCAUGCCUGCCAAAGCACCCAUCUACCUGAAGUCCAAAAAUAGCAAGAAAGGCAAGAAGUGUCGUCUGAGAGACAUCCUGUCCCCAGACAUGAUCAGCCCACCGCUGGGGGACUUCCGCCACACCAUCCACAUCGGAAAAGGCGGUGAGAGGGACGCCUUCGGGGACAUGUCCUUCCUCCAGGGAAAGUUUGAGCUCCUGCCUGGGAAAGGUGAGGUGUUCCGUCCGCAGUACAGCAUCCACAACGAGUUCCUGCGGGCCAACAGCGCAUCUGAUGCCCAGUUUCCUGAGACACCCUCUCCCGUUCUAAAAAACGCCAUCUCGCUCCCUUCAAUUGGGGGUUGCCAGGCCCUCACCCUACCCCACCUCUCCACCGCUGUGUUCUCUAUGCCCGCUAUGGACCCCCUGGUGUGCAUGGUAGGGCGGAUCCCUACCUCUCCCCUGGGGAGCCCAGACGGGGCUGACAUCCUGGAGAUUGAAACCCUGUUGCGUUCCAUCGAGGUCUUCAGCAGCGACCCGACCAGACAUCCGACAGAAGUCACAACCAAACCAGACGUCCUGCUGGAUCUGAUAGAGAAACCAGAGAAGCCAAAGACAAAGAAAGUCUCCAAAAGUAAUCAUAAAAAGCACAAUGGUGAAAACGGGUAUGAAAAGCCUUCACCUACCUAUUACAUCAAUGGCAACAGCAAUGGUAAUGGUGUCUUCAAUGAAAACAGCAAUGGCAUCUUCAAUAGUAACGAAGGCUUCAGCGGCAAUGACAACCGCAAUGGCUUUAGAAGCUUUAACAAUGACAUUACCCUCCGCUUCGAGAAAAAGCUCUCUGAUUGCAAUGGAGACUGGGUGGACAGGGACAGCGGGGUGGACGAGGGGCGCCUUUGCGACUUUGACUUUGAGUUCUCCAAGGACAAGAGCGUGUCACAGUAUUCAAUCUCCCACAUCACCGGGUCUCUUCUGUCACUUGAACUCGAUUUGGGCCCCUCCAUUCUUGAUGAUGUACUCAACAUCAUGGGUGACCCCAAGGCAAAGAGCAGACCUUGAGCAAUGCCAAAGCUGAAGAGGCGAAAGGGAAAUACAGAACUUGAGAGAAGUAUGAGAAAGGUCUCACAAACCUGUCAAGAUACAGUCCAUGGCAUGUGGAGCGCUGCUUUAUGUCCUUAUUUUCAAAAUAAGUUUCUAAUUUAGCUUCUUGGAAGUCUCAAUGCUUUUAUUGUUUGUGCGUUGUGCCACCAGUAUUAGGAGAUGCAUGUGCUAUUGAAUUACUACUAAACCAAAACCAUUGUGCCUUUUAUUUUGCAAUUAAAUUAAGAUUAAAGGGUAGUUUAGUGUUCUUUUCCUGGCUUUUGCUGUAGAUAAAAAAAAGGUUGCUUUGAUACACAAUCUAAAGCCCUGUUUCUCUGUAAAUAUAAUGCAUCUUGUGUGACUUUUAACAUGUUUAUCAAGGCACUGUUUUGUUUGUCACAUGACCAUUUUAUUAACAAAACUACAAAGAAUCCUAUGCAUAAUAUACAGUACUUGUGUUUUUAUUAAAUGGCAUUAAUAAAUAAAAAUGUGUCCUA